CUACAUCUGUGUCCCCAUCUGAGUGUGGUGGGAACAUGCUGGGCGUCCUGCGCAAUAGACGUGUGUUUCGUAAUAACGUUGACUGGAGUUUGUGGUGCAGAAAAACUUGGAAAAAAUACCACAUUCAUACUGUGAGGAGAAAAGGAAUACACCUCAGGCAAGUGCACUUUACUGAACCUGCCGAUUUUGUUGUUCUUGACAUGAAGGCAUCAAUCAUUGCAACCUUUUUUGUUUUGUUUCUGACUUGUACAUAUGCAACUAAAGAAGCCACAAAGAAGAACAAAAAGGCUAAACUAUAUGUACCUGAGAUAGACUGCGACAUCAAAGCAGGGAAGAUAAUCAAUCCGGAAUUCAUUGCAAAAUGUCCACCAGGAUGUCAAGACAUAAAAUACCGUGUUUAUGGCACCGACAUUUACGCUUCUUUUUCCAGUGUGUGCAGUGCUGCUAUUCACAGUGGUACAAUUGACAACUCAGGAGGGAAAAUCCUUGUUCAGAAAGUUGCUGGACAAUCUGGUUACAGAGGGAGCUUCUCCAAUGGAAUCCGAUCCUUGUCCCUACCACGCUGGAGGGAGUCCUUCAUUGUUUCAGAAGGCAAACCAAAGAAAGGUGUGACAUACCCAUCAACUCUUGAAUAUUCUUCCUCGAAAAGCUCACCUGUUAAAACAGAAUCUAAAAAGUCAGCACAAGAUAUAAAGGCUACCAGGAAUACAGACACCUCUAAUGCAGCAGAAAAAUCACCUGAACAAGCCGAUGCACUCCGCAAAGAAUAUCAGACGUCUCCGGGACCGGUACCAACUACACAGGUUACCACCACAACUCUGAAGCCCACCACGACUCCGGAACCCAUCAGCACAAGACCAAAGCCAACUACAUCCCCUGCAACAACCAGCACUACAACUGCUAUUACCGCUGCCAAACCUCGAUCUGCAGUGCAUAGGGUCAGGGAUAUAGGUCCUAGCAGUGUCCAUCCAGUUUACUCAGCUGUGGCAGCUGCAGCAUCAAGGCAGGUUCAGGCCGCACAAGGAAGAGGCCAGAAUCAAGCAUCCAGGAGCACUUCACCCUACGCAAGUAACAGAAAUAUUCCUCGAGCCAAUACAGGUAUUCAACGCCAAGAGCCUGUCGCAGCCUUCCGGAAACCUGCCGGGUCUCCAGUCCAUCUUGCUUUGGAAACUGACUUGUGGAAACCUGGAUCAAGCCUUUUUGACACAGGCUUCAGUUCAAAGGAAGAAUUGAAUCCGAAACCUUUGGAGCCAGUUUCCCAGGGAAACCCAAACUGCAAAGUUGAUUUGUCCUUCUUGAUUGAUGGGAGCUGGAGCAUCGGUAAACGCCGUUUUAAGAUCCAAAAACAAUUCCUCAGUGAUGUGGCUCAAGCUCUUGAUGUUGGCGUAGCUGGUCCUCUCAUGGGCAUUGUUCAGUAUGGCGAUGACCCUUCUACAGAAUUUAACCUCAAAACUCAUGCAAACUCCAGGGAUGUGAAAAAUGCCAUUGAGAAAAUUGCACAGAAAGGAGGACGUUCUAAUGUUGGGAAGGCACUUUCAUUUGUUAACAAAAACUUCUUUUUGGAUUCCAAUGGAAACCGAGGUGGAGCACCCAAUGUGGCCAUAGUGCUGGUGGAUGGAUGGCCCACCGAUAAGGUAGAGGAGGCCUCCAGACUGGCAAGAGAAUCUGGAAUCAACAUUUUCUUUGUCACCAUUGAAGGAGCUGAUGAAAACGAAAAACAGAAUGUUAUUGAACCCAACUUUGUGGACAAGGCUGUAUGCAGAACAAAUGGCUUCUAUUCCAUUAACGUGCCAAGCUGGUUCAACCUACGCAAGGUAGUCCAGACCUUGGUGAAGCGGGUCUGCGACACUGAUCGACUGGCUUGCAGCAAGACGUGUCUAAAUUCAGCUGACAUUGGUUUUGUAAUUGAUGGUUCCAGCAGCGUUGGCACUGGCAAUUUCCGCACUGUCCUCCAAUUUGUAGCCAACAUAAGCAAAGAAUUUGAGAUUUCAGACACUGACACCCGUAUUGGAGCUGUGCAGUACACCUAUGAGCAGAGGCUGGAGCUUGGAUUUGACAAACACAGCACUAAGCAAGAUGUUCUGAAUGCUAUUAAGCAAAUCAACUACUGGAGUGGAGGGACCAGCACUGGAGCAGCCAUCAACUAUGCCUCUGAACAGCUCUUCAGCAAAUCCAAACCCAACAAGAGGAAGAUAAUGAUUCUUAUUACAGAUGGCAGGUCUUAUGAUGAUGUCCGAGUGCCAGCCAUGACAGCUCAUCAAAAUGGGGUCAUAGCUUAUUCUGUUGGAAUUGCAUGGGCAGCCCAAGAUGAACUGGAAUCCAUUGCAACAGACCCGGAUAAAGAGCAUUCCUUCUUCGUGGAUGAAUUUGACCAUCUCUACAAAUUUGUUCCUAGGAUCAUCCAGAACAUUUGUACAGAGUUUAAUUCACAACCCCGGAACUGAUGAAAGUAGGCAAAGCAUUAUACUAACGCUGGGUCACUGGGUGUCAUGCAGAAGAUACACAAAAUGCUAUACAAGUAAUGCCAGCUAUGAGUCCAAGAAAUACUAGAAGAGUUAUUCUCUGGCAUUUUUCAGUUAACAAAGCUGAUUUCAGCUCUAUUCCUUAUGCAUGAUAAAGCUCUGUGUAGACAGGCAUUUUUAUUUUAACUUUUUUGCUGGCUUCAAAACUCUGGCUUGGUUGGAUAGACAAAGACAGUUACAACCCUUGAAAAGAUAAAUCAAAUGACUCAGCUCUGUAGAUUGAAAAUUUGUUUCCAGAAGAGAGGUUUGAAAAGGUUUUUCAAUGUAGAUCCCAUGGACAUUUUCAUUUGGCCUUUGUGUAUUGCAGAAGCUCUCUUUAAAGACAUUCUCUAUCAUAGUGCUUCUCAAACUGUGGUCUAUGGAACAUAGAAUAUCAGGGUUGGAAGGGACCUCAGAAGAUCAUCUAGUCCAACCCCCUGAUCAAAGCAGGACAAAUCCUCAAUUAAAUCAUCCAACAGAUUAUUGCCCCAUAUCCCUAAAUGCCCCCCUCAAGGAUUGAACUCACAACCGUGGGUUUAGUAGGCCAAUAUGCAAACCACUUAGCCAUUCCUCCCCUCACUGGUGGGCUGUGGAACACUGCCAGGUAGAGGCCAAGUUGUAUCUAUCGCAGUAGCGAAGCAUCUCUGUCUUCUAGCAGUGAUGCUUCCUGCUAGUUGUUGUCCAGACCAGGACUCUCAGGGUUUCCAGAGAUGCUUUCCAACAACAUCCAGAACACUUUCUUUAAAACCUUGGACAGCUGUUUUAUGUCUCUCUGACAGGUUUUCAUUUGGUAUCAUUUCAAGCUGAUAGAUACAAACAGGAGAAAGAGCCAAACUGCAAAUGGAUAGAUUAAAGCAGUGGGAUCUGCAGGCAUUUACUGACCCUAAUAGAGUUCUGCACCCAUGGAGAGGAAGCAGCUGAUGCACAUACAAAAUUGAGAAAAUGGAAUCCAGAAUCCCCACCCAUUGCGUUAGAGAGAGUUUAUUUAGAAUCUUGUCCUCUUAUCAGUGUCCAAGCAUGAUAGUUACUGCAAGGAGGGUCUGGGCUCAGGAAGGGCCUCUGUCUUAAGUGGUACACAAUAUGAAAAAAGUUUGAGAACCACUGCGUUGUCAUCAAACCAUUUCUCUUAAGUUUCACCGUGAAGCAUGGAUGGAGAUCAAUAGCAUGAAGAGAAAAGACUGCUCUAGAGUUGUUUUGUUAAGGAUUUAAGAGAAACACAGUUUGCCUAUAUUAUUGUGUAUUAUACAUUGGCAAAAGCAGGACUUCCUAAUGGUAGAGAGACACUGUGUAGAUGGAGUAGUUGGGGUUGGUUUUGUCUCUGUUGGUUCACAGAGUGCGCAUUACACUGUGCUUGACCAAGCCAAUUAUACUACACCUCUACCCCGAUAUAACGCUGUCCUCGGGA